AUGAAGUUGAGCCAUUCCUCUCUGUUGAUAGCGGUCUCCGCGGCCGUGGCCCAGACCACUACCCCGGGCCCAACAGCAACGUCUGGUUCCAGCACCCUCCCGUCCGUGACCCUCGACUACUGUACCGUCGUCGCCACCGCCGGUAAUGACUCCGUCGGCUACUACAAGUACCAGAACAUCCGGUUCGCCGCCGUCCCCACCGGCGACCUCCGAUGGGCCAAGCCCCAGCCGCCGCCUGUCGAGACGGAGAUCAACACCGGCGGUCUGGCCUCGGCUGACGUCGCCUGUAGCUCCAAUGAGGACUGCUUGUACGUAGACGUCUGGACGCCCGCCAACGCCGAGGGCAAGAAUCUGCCGGUGAUGGUCUGGACUUACGGCGGCGGCUUCACCGGCGGCAGCAAGUCGGAGAACACGCCCGAGGGCCUCUUCGACCUGUCGACGGACUUCGUUUUCGUGGCGUACAACUACCGCCUCGGCAUGACCGGUCUCGCCAACGGCCCGACCUUCCUGCACGAGGGCGGCACGUCCAACACUGCUAUCUGGGAUGUUUCGGCGGCCUUCGAGUGGACCAAGAAGUACAUCGGCAGCUUCGGCGGCGACCCCGACCAGAUCACGGCUGUCGGUUUCUCGGCCGGUGCAUCUCAGACUCUGUUCCAAAUGACUCGCUUUGCUGGCCAUGCUGAGCAGCUCUACCACCGCGCCUAUGUCAUGUCUCCCGGCUUCGUCCCUGGAGCUGGCCAUCAGCACGCCGAGGCGUUCUGGCUGAACGUUUCCUCUGAAGCUGGUUGCCCUGGUGGAAGCCUCGAAUGUAUGCGCGGCAUCGACUUUGACACUCUCAACACCGCCGCCACCACCAUCGUGGACACCUACGACUACCAAUUCCAGCCCCGUGUUGACGGCGACAUCAUCGCCGACACCUACGAGGCCCAGUUAUACCAGGGCCGUUUCAACUUCACCGGCCCCGUCGUCGCCACGCACGAGCAGCACGAGGCCAACGGCCAGGCCUACACCGGCGUUAACACGACCGAGGACGUCGCCGCCUACCUCCGCAUCUUCUUCCCCGCCAUCGAGGACAGCGUCGUCGACGAGAUCCUGGCUCUAUACCACGAGGACGACUAUACCUCUCCCGGCCUGCGCUUCUCCGAUAUGAAGCAGCACUUUGACCUCACGGCCCAUAACCUUGCUCUCACCCAUGCCAUGGACAACCAGACCUGGAACGGCAUGGUUGCUCUUGACUCCGCCACGCACGGCACUGACCAAAGCUAUUACUGGUACAGCACUUAUUCGCUGUCCAGCUCUUCGUCCAGCGACAGCACCGGGUCCGCCACCUCCAACACGACUGCCUCGAACUCCACGACUACCUCCACAGCCGCCUCUUCUUCCUCCUCUUCGAGCGCUGGCGGACCCCCGUCAGGCGGCGGUGGCGGGCCCGGUGGCUCCAGCUCCGUCAACGCUACGAUUGCUAUUAUGAUGCAGAAGUAUUUGCUGUCUUUCGUCCUGACGGGGAACCCCAACACCCUCUGGCCCGAGGACAAACUCGAGUGGCCCCAGUACAACUCGUCGACUGCCGGCACUCAAAUCGUCUUCAACACUACCUUCUACCUUGACAACGAUGACCUGGCCAACGACCAGGCCAAGUUCUGGAACAAAGCGCUGUGGUACUGA